AUGAAAUAUUUAAGCAUUCUAUGUAUCCUAGCAAUCUUGGUUUGGAUCAAUAGUCGAAUAUCUUGUGAAGUAUCCAGAUAUUGGCUGCAAGGGCGUCGAACCACCAAAUCUAGAGACGAUGAUGCUUUACAAUUCAGUUCUGGGUCUACGGGAUCUCGCUUCACUGGUGAAAAGGUUAGAAGGUGUGAUGAUUGUGGCCUUCAUGGAGCAUGGAGCAAUGACAGCGCAGAACUCUUUCCAGAUCAGAAUUCUUCGCGUUGCUUGCAAUGGGCAGUUGUUACGACGAUUUUUGAACCCAAUGAAUCUAUUUUCAGAGUUUCUCGCUUGAAGAAUUGGUGCCUUGUGAUUGUUGGAGAUACAAAAACUUCAGAUUCUGCUUACUACGAACUUGCCACAAAAAAAAAUAUCUUUUACUUGUCGGCUGCGUAUCAGAAGGAUCUCAUGUUGAAUCGCCACUCAUUCAUGAGCAUGAUGCCAUUCAACAGUUUCGCAAGGAAGAAUAUUGGUUACUUGUUUGCCGUUACCCAAGGAGCUCGUGUUAUUUUUGACUUUGAUGAUGACAAUGUUCUCGAACCACUGGAGGAUAUCGAGGUAGAUAGACCUCCAUUUCUCCUAGAAUAUGACAAUGGAGAUUUUGAGGGCAGUAAAAAGAGCGUCCUUCUAAGAUUCGUUCCUCAAGAGAGCAAACCCGACAUGCUUCCUUUCAAUCCCUACAGCUUGAUGAAUGCAAGUCACGCAUACUCAUGGCCACGUGGCUUUCCAAUUGAUGAGGUCCAGGCAAGCUGGAAGGGAUGGGGUGAAAUUCCAACAAAAUUUGGGAGUAUCAAGUACUCUUCCAUUGGAGUUAUCCAAUCGCUUUGCAAUGGCGACCCUGAUAAUGACGCAGUUUUCCGCAUGACAAGGUUGGAUUCCACGAAAUUUACCUUUGAUCAUUCAGUUGAUUCUUUCCCGCUGCUGGUACCUUCAUCAGCUUACUCACCAUACAAUGCACAGGCAACUACCCACCUUUACAAAGCUUUUUGGGGACUCUAUCUCCCUGUUACGGUUCCUGGUCGAGUCACUGAUAUUUGGAGAGGUUACAUAACACAAAGAAUCAUGAAAGAGAUUGGGCUUCAUCUUAUUUUUACACCACCCAUUGUGGUACAUAAAAGGUCGCCUCAUGAUUACUUGUCAGAUUUUGAGGCCGAAAAAGAUUUGUAUACCAAGUCAUCUCGGCUGUUAGAGUUUCUCAAUGGUUGGUCAUCGGAGACGCAAUCACUGAAAGAAAUGAUUCUGGAAUUGUGGAUUGAACUUUUUGAACGCGAUUAUAUCCAACUACAUGAUGUGAAGGCCCUUACAGCGUGGCUGAGUGUCCUGGAUCAUGCGAACUAUCAAUUCCCUGAUAGAAUCGAUUCCAUUUUGAAGGUGAUCAUGAUGACACGGAAUGAGUGGCCAUUGAUUACAAAUUGGGUUGCAUAUCAUGGCCUUCUCUUGGGCUUUGAGAACGUUUACAUUAUCGAUGGAAGCACAAAUCCCAAGUGCAUUUCCUAUCUCCACUAUGCAAGAGAUAUUCUUGGUGCAAAUGUCAUUUUCACUGAUGCAAAUUUGAACAAGUUAUCAAUAUUGUUGACUGCAUUAGGAAAACAAAUUGCUGGUAGCUCCGACUAUGUUAUGAAGAUGGACACUGACGAAUUUCUAGCGGUCUACGACGAUGGCUCUAAUUCAUUGAAAACUUCUGUUUCUGACUAUCUUUUCAAUUUCACUGUGCAUGGAAAUGAUAUGGCAGGGCAAGCAAGGGUUGGAUAUUUACAAGCGUCUCUUCCAUCAAAGGAAAUAUGUCAGGAAGACAUCAACUCCUCUCCAGAAUCUUUCCCCCUUGGACCAAUCCGUUUUGCUGGUGAUGGUAUUUAUAAGGCCGUCUACAAGUCGGGCUAUCUGGAAAAUGGUACUCUGUCCAUUAAUCUUGGUGGUCAUGUUAGCACGUCUAAUCUAAUAGGAUACACAAAGCUGGCCAUAUUUCAUUUCCACCUCCGUUAUUAUGAAACUGAGAUCAUGAACAGCAUGCAAGCUGUGGAGCAACAUGGGUAUAUUGAUCGCAAUCAAUCAGAAGAAAAGCAAUUUCAACAGCUUGCUCGGCUGUUGAAUUGCGCUGUUGAAAAUUUUUGCGAUUUGUGUGGUCUCCGCACGUGUGUUCCUAGCUGUCACAAGGUUCUAGCGGUUGCUCGCUUUUAUGCAUGCCCUGAUGAUGCGAAGACAUAUUACAAUCUUGACAAAUCUAACCUUCCAUAUGUCCCACUGCACAAUGCAACAACAUAUUACCUUCCUACUUUAGGGGGAGUAACAAAUUUGGACUUCUUGGUCACACUUCAAGAAUCAAUAGAUAGGUAUGGUCUUGUUUUGUAG